AUGCCUUCCUUCGACGAUGCAGACUUCGGUGGUCCAAUCCACAUCAUCAAAUCGAAAGAUCUUACCAGGGUCAAGACUGGCGAGAGUAAUGGCGACCGAAGAGGCUCAGCGUAUGGCAGUCCCUUGGCUAUCGCAGGUGAGGACCUGAGCAACAGCGUAGAAGUGCCAGCAACAAGGCCAAGCAUUGCAAAUGCCUCGCCAUUCAUGCUCGAGCUGUCGAUGGACGGCCGUCCAGGAGCCAAAGACCGAAGAGGAUCCCGCAACUCGUUUGGUGCUUCGCUACCCAUUCCCAAAUCGAAGAGACAGUCCCGACUCUCGUCCAUAGCAUAUUCGGGCAGCAAUGCUGGACGACCAAGCAUGCCGACAGUCCAGCCAACACGGGAGAUUUUGGCUUCGCAAGUCCAGGAUAUGUCUGGUGAGAAGGUCACGGCUGCGAAGGACAUGGCAUUUGUGUUCGACAUUGAUGGUGUGCUCGUGCACGGUGACCGCUUGAUCCCAGAAGGGCAGCGGGUGCUUGAGAUCCUCAAUGGCGACAACGAGCUUGGAAUCAAGGUCCCACAUAUCUUCUUGACCAACGGCUCUGGUAAGCCGGAGGCGGCACGUAUCGAGCAGCUCUCGAAGAUCCUACAACAGCCGAUCAGCAUGGAGCAGUUCAUCCAGUCGCACACACCCAUGCGGGCUCUCUCCGAAUACUACAGUACUGUGCUCGUCGUUGGUGGUGAAGACUAUCGCUGCCGUGAGGUCGCUGAGCAGUACGGCUUCAAGGACAUCGUCGUGCCCAACGACAUCGUGGCAUGGGACCCAACCAUUGCACCUUACCGUGUUUUCACCGACGAGGAGCGCAAGACUUCCAACCCUCGCGACUUUUCGAAAGUCAACAUCGAGGCCAUCAUGGUCUUCUCCGACUCCCGCGACUACGCUACCGACAUGCAGAUCAUCAUGGACUUGCUACAAUCCGAGAACGGCCGCUUCCACACGAGAGCCAAGGACCCAGUAUCUCAGCGCAUCCCGAUCUACUUCAGCCAAGGCGACUUGCUGUGCCCAACAGAGCACCCCAAUCCUCGCAUGUCGCAAGGCGCCUUCCGCAUCGGACUUGAGGCCAUGUACAAAGCCCUCACAGGCGAGGACCUCGAACGUGUAGUCUACGGCAAGCCAGAGUUGGCCACCUACAAGUACGCCGACUCCGUGCUAGAGAACUGGAUGGACAUCAUCCACAAUGACGAACGUUUGCCCAAGAACAUCUACAUGGUUGGUGACAACCCGGCCUCGGACAUCGUCGGCGGUAACAGCUAUGGCUGGAAUACUUGCCUCGUCCGCACUGGUGUCUUCCAGGGUGGUGAGAACGAUGUGGAGAACCCGGCCAAUUUCGGUGUCUUCAAGAACGUUCUCGACGCCGUCCAGACGGCCAUGAAGAAGGAGCUUGGUCAGGACUUCAACUUCAACUGGAAGAAUGAGCGUGUCAAUCCUCUGUUGCAGAAGGGUGACGUGAGUGCUGUCAUGGUCGAGUAG